UAGAUAUGGUUUUACAAGAAUUGGCUGAAGUAGAGCCAGCUAAUGUCAAUGUAGAAGCUCCUCCCUAUCAUCAGUCUGAUUAUAUCAGAAGAAAAGUUAGAGCUACUUACCAAAGAUUAAUAAAACAGCCCGACAAAGAAAUGAUGAGACUAACUGGUUUAGAACCUUGGUCUAUGCCUAUUAUUUAG